AAGAGAAUAGGGGAAUAUGAAGCAAAUGUGAAAGAAGAGAGAGAUUUAGAAAGAAAGGGAAAAAGGAGAAGAAAAAUCCAUGAAACUCUCAACACUUUCUUCUUCCAUUUUUCUUCUUUCAUUAUUUCUUCUCCUUUCUUCUUCGCUAUUCACUCCUACGUCCGCCAUUAAAAGGUCCUAUGUUGUCUACAUGGGAGCUCACUCCCACGGUGGUCGAAAACCGGCCGAUGUCGUCGCCGAUUCUCACCACCAAUUCCUCCAACCAUUUCUCAAGAGUGGAGAAGAGUUUACAAAAGAUGUGAUAUUUUACUCAUAUACAAGACACAUCAAUGGAUUUGCAGCAAUGUUGGAAGAUGAAGUAGCUGCUCAAUUAGCUAAGCAUCCGAGAGUGGUAUCGGUUUUUCUAAAUAGAGGAAGAAAAUUACACACAACAAGAUCGUGGGAGUUCAUGGGAUUGGAGAACGAGAAUGGAGUUAUCGAAUCAGAAUCAAUAUGGAAGAAAGCAAGAUUUGGAGAAGACACCAUUAUUGGAAACCUUGAUACUGGGGUGUGGGCAGAAUCAAAGAGCUUUAGUGAUGAUGAAAUGGGACCAAUUCCUCAUAGGUGGAAAGGAAUCUGCCAAAACCAAAAUGAUCCUUCUUUCCAUUGCAAUAGGAAACUAAUCGGAGCAAGAUACUUCAACAAAGGCUAUGCAUCUGUUGUCGGCCCUCUCAAUUCCUCAUUCCAUUCGCCGAGGGAUAAAGAAGGCCAUGGCUCUCAUACCCUGUCCACCGCCGGCGGUAACUUCGUCGCCGGAGCUAGCGUUUUCGGCUUAGGAAAGGGCACCGCCAAGGGCGGAUCACCUAGGGCUCGGGUGGCCGCUUACAAGGUCUGCUGGCCUCCGAAAGCCGGAAAUGAGUGCUUCGAUGCCGAUAUAUUGGCCGCGUUUGAUUUGGCGAUUCACGACGGUGUCGAUGUGUUGUCGGUGUCCCUUGGAGGAGAUCCGAAUCCGUUGUUUAACGAUAGUGUAGCCAUUGGCUCAUUCCACGCCAUCAAGCAUGGGAUUGUCGUGAUUUGCUCUGCCGGAAAUUCGGGACCGGCAGCCGGUACGGUGACCAAUGUUGCGCCCUGGCAGAUCACCGUCGGAGCCAGCACCAUGGACAGGAAGUUCCCUAGUCUUGUUGUUCUUGGGAACAAGAAGCAGAUUGAGGGUGAAAGCCUGUCCCAGGAAGCUUUACCAAGCAAGAAGCUCUAUCCACUCAUGAAUGCUGCAGAUGUUAGAUUAGCCAAUGCAUCAGCUCAUGAAGCUCAAUUGUGUAAAGCUGGUACACUUGACCCUAUGAAAGCUAAGGGAAAGAUCCUUGUCUGCCUUCGAGGCGAUAAUGCAAGAGUUGACAAAGGCGAACAAGCAUUGUUGGCUGGUGCUGCGGGCAUGAUUCUUGCUAAUAAUGAGCUUAGUGGGAAUGAAAUCCUUGCUGACCCACAUGUCCUUCCAGCCUUGCACAUAAACUACACCGAUGGCAGUGCAGUCUUUGCAUACAUCAAUUCAACUAAGUUCCCAGAGGCUUACAUCACACCAGCUACAACUCAAUUAGGUAUAAGGCCAGCUCCAUUCAUGGCAGCAUUUUCAUCGGUGGGACCAAACACUGUUACUCCAGAGAUCCUGAAGCCUGAUAUUACAGCUCCUGGGCUGAGUGUUAUAGCUGCUUAUACUGAAGCAGAAGGACCUACAAACCAAGAAUUUGAUAAUCGUCGGGUUCCUUUUAACUCAGUAUCAGGAACUUCCAUGUCAUGCCCUCAUGUUUCUGGCAUUGCUGGUCUUCUCAGGACUCUUUACCCUCAUUGGAGUCCUGCAGCUAUCAAAUCUGCCAUCAUGACCACGGCAAGCACUUUAGACAACAACUUUGAGCCGCUCCUCAACGCGUCCUACUUUGUGGCCACACCAUUCAACUAUGGAGCUGGACAUGUUCAUCCAAAUGGUGCUACAGAUCCUGGCUUGGUCUAUGACAUAGAUGUAAAUGAAUAUCUGUCAUUUCUAUGUGCAUUAGGAUAUGACAAAGCUCAAAUAUCACAAUUCUCCGAUGGUCCCUUCAAUUGCUCGGAACCUAUUAGUCUUACAAAUCUCAACUAUCCUUCAAUAACUGUCCCUAAACUCUCAAGAUCGAUCACGAUUACUCGAAGACUAAAGAAUGUCGGUUCUCCUGGAACAUACGAAGCCAAGAUAAGGAAACCGGCUGGGAUAUCGGUUUGGGUUAAGCCAAAGAAGUUGAACUUCACAAAAUUAGGAGAAGAGCUGAGCUUCAAAGUUUUUAUGAAAGUCAAGGGACAUAAAGUAGCCAAGAAGAAUUAUGUAUAUGGUGAUUUGAUAUGGUCAGAUGGUAAGCACCAUGUAAGAAGCCCUAUUGUGGUAAAAGUAGUCUAGCAAAAAGUUAAAAAAAACGGUUGAUUUAGAUUUGACUUUCUAAGUGUUUGAAAACAUUCAAAACAUAGUGUUUUUAAGCACAUAGAAAAUCAAUCAAGACCGUAGUGCAAUUUAGUUCGGUUGGUUGAUCUAGUUUUUACAUAGAAGUUUAACACCUUGACUUGUAGAUGAGGGUCGACUCUUGUUUGAGUCCUCUCGUGCACGUUUAAGGUUGUCUGGCUCACUUUCAAUCCAAGACUUUGGAAUAAUGAUUGAGAAAGUGAGGGAAAACAAUAACAACAAUUGGUAAUGGUUUCAUUGGCAUUUUUGUGCUUCUGAUCCUUUUGGAAAUUUAGAUCCAAAAUUUUAUAUUUUC